UAGUGAGCUCUUUAGCGUAUAUUUAUUUCGUAAGAUUUUAAUAAAUAAUAUGCAAAAACGUUAAAAAUUAUAAUUAUGUUGCGAAAACUCAAUUCACCAACAACUAUUUUCGUGCGAGCAGCAUCGGCACGCGUCGAAAAGUUGGAAGAAAUCCGAGAACGUUUGUCUAAAGGUCCAAAUUUUCAAGAUUUUAUACAAAAUUCGGACAGUAUUAAAGAUGACUGGGAGAAUUACGAGGGCAAGUUGCGUCGUGAAAAAGGAGAGAAUCAAACCUUGCGCCUUCCUCCAUGGCUAAAAACGACAAUUCCAAUGGGCAAGAAUUAUGCUAAGAUUAAAUCCCAGUUGCGAGACCUCAAGCUGUCCACUGUGUGCGAAGAGGCGCGAUGUCCGAACAUUGGCGAGUGCUGGGGCGGCGGCGAGCAUGGCACACAGACAGCCACAAUUAUGCUCAUGGGAGACACUUGCACACGAGGCUGUCGAUUCUGCUCGGUGAAAACGGCGCGUAUCCCACCGCCUUUAGAUGUGAACGAACCUGUGAACACCGCCAAGGCCAUUUCGUCUUGGGGCCUGGAUUAUAUAGUCUUAACAUCCGUGGAUCGUGAUGAUUUGCCGGACGGUGGCUCCAAACAUAUUGCAGAGACGGUGCGUGAAAUUAAGGCACGAAACUCAAAUAUAUUUGUAGAGUGCCUGGUGCCCGACUUCCGCGGAGAUUUGGAGUGUGUGAAGACAAUUGCAACUUGCGGGCUCGACGUGUAUGCACAUAAUAUUGAAACUGUUGAGAAGCUGACCCCAUUCGUACGAGAUCGCCGCGCCCAUUAUAGACAGACACUACAAGUACUGCGCGAAGCCAAGGGCUUUAAUCCGAAUCUCAUAACCAAAAGUUCCAUUAUGCUGGGCCUGGGCGAAACGGAUGCAGAAGUUGAGCAGACCAUGCUGGAUUUGCGAGAGGCUGGCGUUGAAUGCCUAACCUUGGGCCAGUACAUGCAGCCCACAAAGAGGCACCUUAAGGUUAUCGAGUAUGUUACGCCUGAAAAAUUCAAGCAUUGGGAAGUGCGAGGAAAUGAGCUUGGCUUUCUCUACACUGCCAGUGGACCACUUGUGCGAAGCUCUUACAAAGCUGGAGAGUUCUUUAUUACGAGUAUAUUGGCGAAUAGAAGGAAGUCAGUUUGAUUGAGACACAUUUGAAUGAAUUCAAAUUUAUUUGCUUGUAUAUUCGGUAAUUGCUAAUAAAUCGUUAUAUAUGUAUCUUGUUAAUGACCUAAGGGUAUACACAUUUUAUGUU